AUGUGGCUCCCGCGGCCAGCUGUCUGGCUGCUCCUCGUGGCGUGCGCCGCCCUCGUGCCGGGCAGGGCAGUCCCGGGCAGCGCGCCGGCCGUCGCAAACGCGACGGGGAAGCAGACGGACUCGGCGGCAGCGGCCACCGGGUACAUCUACCGCAAGGACGGCGACAAGCCCGCCACGUACUUCAAGCUGGGCGCCGGCCAGGGCGCCGGUCUGGGCCUGGGGCACAACCUGGACUCCCUGCCGUUCGACGCGCCGCAGUACCAGCAGCAGCAGCAGCAGGCCCCGCAGCACAAGCAGCGCGUGCAGCAGAACCACUACUCGCCAGGUAGGCUGGGGCUGGACGGCCACCUGGACACGGUGGAGCACUCGUUCGGCUCCGGGGCGGUGUCAGGCGUUGGCUCAGGCACCGACUUCUCCGUGGGAAGCUCCCUUGGCGUGGGCGGGCACGAGUCGGGCCAUCAGGAGAACCACGGGCCAAGCUUCGGCCCGGAUCAUCUCGACAUCCCUGGCGGGCAUGGCGGCUCGGGACACGGCGGGGGCGCGGAGGAGUCCGUCGGUGGCCUGGACGAGCACCUCAGCGACACACCAUCCGGCUUCCAGCACGGCCCGAUCCACGGGCUGGGCGACGCGGCCGAGGACUUCCUCAGCGGGGUUCCUGCCGCGCUCAAGUCAGCGCGCGACGUCAACUACGGUCACGGCGGCCAGUUCGGCCACGCUGCCCAGAUCAACCACCCCAACCCCAAGUCGCAGGUGCAAGUGAACGCCCGGGCCGAGGAAGAGUACGGUGCGGCCUUCCAGGCCGAGGACUUCGGCGCGCUCAAGUCCAUCGGUGACGAAUUCAACCCGGGCUUCAAGGGUAACUACGGCGACCAUGAGGACCUAACGGAGCGUGCAGUGCACGGCCACAGUGGUGGUGGGGGCGGUGACGCCGGCCACAGUGCGCCUCUGAAGACCCACGACGACUACCACCACGGCUAUGGUGGCGGCCACGGCGGCGGCGGCGGCGGCCAUGGGGGUGGCGGCGGCGGCGGCGGCGGCAAGAGCUUCUCGAAGGGCGGCGGCUCCAAGCACUCCGGCGACAGCUUCUCGUCGCACGGCAGCAAGGGAAGCAAGGGCCACAAGUCCACCAAGACGUCCGGCGGCGGCGAGUCUGGGUCGCACGGUAGCGACGGCCACAAGGGCUCCUUCGCCAAGGCCAGCGGCGCCAAGAAGGUGCACCAGGACGAGGCCAGCAGCUACGGCGGCCACCACUCGAGCAGCAAGGGCGGCGGCGGAGCCAAGCACGGCGAGAAAGGACACGGCAAGAAGGGCCACAAGUCCACGGGCUACCACAACGUGUACAACAAGGACGAGUUCAAGAAGGACACGUCCUUCUACGACUCCAACUCCAAGGGCGGCAGCCACCACAAGGGCGGCGACUACGCUGCCACGCACGGCGGCAAGAGCGGCGCCAACAAGAAGGGCGGCCACCACGGCUCGGCGUACGACGAGGGCCACAAGGGCAAGAAGUCGCACGUGGACAAGGGCAAGGAGACCGACGACCACAAGGCCAACAAGGGCUCGUCCAGCCACGAAGCCAAGUACGGCCACAAGGAGGACUACGGCAAGAAGGACGGAGCCUCGUCCGGGAAGAAGUACGCCCACAAAUCGGGGGGCGGCGGAGGCGGCGGCGGCGGCCACGGAGGCGGCGGCGGCUACGGGGGUCACCAUUAG